AUGGCGAUCCGCCGAUCGGGCGGCCUCGAUCAGAUCGCGCGAGGUCGGAUCAAGGCGCACGAGUCGGCCGCCUCCCGAGCUCGGCUUUGUGUGAUCUGGCUUUGUGGGGAUCAACUGUCACGACUUGACAUGUCCGUCGGUGACGUGGGCACAACUCGACCCAACUGGUCUGUCCACACUCGGCGUCACUCACACACUCGACUUGACCCGAGCCAGUCGAGCGAACCGACGCAGGCUCAGUCUCUGCAGCACACUGUAAAAACACACAUUCACAUUGCUCUAAGAAGGGGUGAGCGGGCAGGCGGGUGA